AUGUGGGUAGGAGAAAAAGAGUGUGAAAGGAUUAUUGAAGAUUCAUGGAAGAAUGAUGCUGAUGGGAAUGAUAUGGGAGAGGUGAUGACUAUGAUUUCCAAUUGCAGCCAUAAACUGACAGUAUGGAAUCGUGUGUCUUUUGGUAAAGUCCAGUAUCAGUUAAGAAAAGCUAACCAAAAGCUUCAAUACUUACAAGAGAAUGGCUCUACCUAUGGUGAUAGAGAAGCACACUUAUUAGCAAGAGUAGAGGUUCAAACCUGGCUAGAGAGGGAGGAGACCAUGUGGAGACAACGUUCAAAAGCAUUAUGGUUAAAAGAGGGGGACCAGAAUUCAAAAUACUUUCACACAAAAGCUUCUCAUAGAAGAAGGAGAAAUGGCAUUAAGAGAUUAAAAGAUGCUAAUGGAGAAUGGCAGGAAGGGGAGAGAAAAGACAGGAUCAUUUUGGAGUAUUUUCAGAAUCUAUUUUCAGCUACUGAUAAAAGGGGUCAAACUGAUUUCCUGGAAUGUUUAGAUGGAAGGGUGACCACUCUGAUGAAUGAAGAUUUGACCAGGCCCUAUACUGGAAAGGAGGUUACUGAUGCUUUGAAAGAGAUGAAUCCCUCAAAGGCCCCAGGGCCGGAUGGAAUGGCACCAAUUUUCUUUCAGAAAUAUUGGGGCAUAUUGAAGAAAAUAUUGCCUAAUGUCAUUUCUGAUUCACAGAGUGCUUUUGUGCCGAGGCGACUUAUUACUGACAAUGUACUUGUAGCCUAUGAACUGAUUCAUUAUUUAAGGCACAAAACAACAGAGAAGCAAGGGUAUAUGUCUCUUAAACUCGAUAUGAGUAAAACCUACGACUGUGUUGAGUGGUGCUUCUUAGAAACUAUAAUGGUUGUUUUGGGGUUUGAGAAGAAGUUUGUUGAUAUGGUGAUGAAAUGUGUUACUACUGUAAGCUUUUUUGUGCUGAUAAAUGGUAAGCCAAAAGGACCUAUUGUCCCUAGUAGAGGGUUGAGGCAAGGAGACCCCAUCUCUCCUUAUUUAUUUUUAUUAUGCACAGAAGGGCUAACUACCUUACUACGAAAGGCGGAGAGAAACCAAGUGCUUAAGGGAAUCAAAGUUUGUAGAAGGGCUCCUAAUGUUAACCAUCUGUUAUUUGUAGAUGAUAGUGUAAUUUUCUGCCAAGUAAAUGUUGAAGAAAACAUAACUAUUCAAAGGAUUCUUAAUACCUAUGAGAAGGCAUCAGGUCAGAAGAUAAACAAAGAGAAAACAACUUUGGUUUUCUCAAAUAAUGUGACUGAUGCAGUAAAGGAGGAAAUUAUGUAG